AGUACACACCCCGCUGCGGCCAGCCGCACGCAACCCAAAACUUGGCAGCAAACGCAAAAGGUUAGCAAGAGGGCAGGGGCGACGUCGAGCACGCAAAGAUGCCACAGAACGAGCACAUCGAGCUCCACCGGAAGCGGUACGGCUACCGGCUCGACCACCACGAGCGGCUUCGCAAGCGGCUCGGCCGGAAGCCGCACGAGGAUGCGCUCAAGGCGAAGACCACCCGGGGCCUCAAGGCCAAGAUGCUCACCAGGAAGCGCUACUCCGAGAAGGUGCAGAUGAAGAAGACUCUCAAGAUGCACGAGGAGAAGCUGAGCAAGCAGAGGGGGCCCGAGGCGGCGGCGCAGGGAGCCGUGCCCGUCUACCUCCUGGACCGUGAGAACCAGUCCCGUGCCAAGGUUCUCUCCAACAUGAUCAAGCAGAAGCGGAAGGAGAAGGCCGGGAAGUGGGAUGUCCCGAUCCCGAAAGUCCGGGGCGUCGGAGACUCCGAAGCGUUUCGGGUGAUCAAGACGGGCAAGCGGAAAAAGAAGGCGUGGAAGCGGAUGGUGACCAAGGUGACGUUCGUCGGCGAGGGCUUCACCCGCAAGCCGCCCAAGUUCGAGCGCUUCAUCCGGCCGAUGGCGCUCCGGUUCAAGAAGGCCCACGUGACUCACCCGGAGCUCAAGGCGACAUUCUGCCUGCCGAUCAUCGGCGUCAAGAAGAACCCAAGCUCGCCGCUCUAUUCGCAGCUAGGGGUGAUUACGAAGGGAACGGUGGUCGAAGUGAACGUCAGCGAACUUGGUCUGGUGACGCAGGGUGGCAAAGUGGUGUGGGGGAAGUACGCGCAGGUGACCAACAACCCGGAGAACGAUGGGUGCAUUAACGCGGUGCUUCUGAUCUUUGUCAAGACACUCACGGGCAAGACCAUCACCCUUGAGGUCGAGCCCAGUGAUACCAUCGAAAAUGUCAAGGCGAAAAUCCAGGACAAGGAGGGCAUCCCGCCCGACCAGCAACGUCUGAUCUUUGCCGGCAAGCAGCUGGAGGAUGGGCGCACCCUGUCGGACUACAACAUCCAGAAAGAGUCGACCCUGCACCUGGUGCUGCGACUGCGUGGUGGAGCCAAGAAGCGCAAGAAGAAGAACUACACCACUCCCAAGAAGAACAAGCACAAGAAGAAGAAGGUCAAGCUGGCCGUGCUCAAGUUCUACAAGGUUGACGAGAAUGGCAAGAUCACUCGGCUGAGGCGGGAGUGUCCCAGCGAGGACUGUGGUGCGGGUGUCUUCAUGGCCGCACACUUUGACAGGCAGUACUGUGGCAAGUGCUGCCUCACCUACGUCUACAACAAGCCCGAUGAGAAGUAGGCGACGCUGCAGCCCCAACAUCGCUGCUUCGUGUAAAAUAAUAAAAAAAAACUGCCAAAAAAA